AUGCAAGCCCACCUCGUCGCCGUCGCCAUUCUUGGAUUCGCCUGCCAACAGGCAGCGGCCACCUGCAAGACGGGCGUUCCAGAUACCAACAUCAUUGGACCCCAAAUCGGUGACGCCUGUCCGUCUGGCUACGAAUGCUGGAUUUUGCCCGGCAACGCGGUGACUCAAUGCGCUGCGCUUCCCGGCGCCUGCAAGGACACGGACGGCAACGAUUUGCCACGAGGCAGAAUUUGGCGUUCGAUAGAUCCGUCUUUUCGACAGAUUUUGGUUCUUGACUCUACCCUCCAAACCUCCAAAAAGCCCUUUAAAAUGGCCCCCAAGCAACGCAUGAACGUCGCCAACGAGCAGUUCGCCAAGAACAUCAAGCAGCGGGGAUCCGUCGCCAAGUCGCUGAAGCCCAAGGAGGACAAGUACCCGGCCGCCCCGUGGCUCAUCGGACUCUUCGUUUUCGUUGUUUGCGGAUCUGCCAUCUUCGAGAUCAUCCGCUCCGUCAAGAUGGGAUGG